AUGAUUGUGAUUAUGGAAACUGUACGUAUGGUCAAGAAAUUAUUGAUUAUGGUUGCUGAUGAACAUUGCGGUAUAAAUAUGAGAUUUGUAGAAGUUUUCAAAACUAUUCUUCUUCAAUAUUCAUUUCCAGUCUAUCAAUGUAGGCAGCGAGAAAUUCAGCCAAGUAACUCAUCGGAAAGUUUUAGCUCAAAUGAUAAAAUUUGUUGGCUAAGAUGUCAGUGCGAAAAUGAAAGUUAUAUUAGAGAAGGUGAAAAAUGCGUUGAAAUUCAGCAACGAACUGCGAUUGCAAAUAAUCCAACGACCAUUGGAGAAAUUCCGGUUUUACUUCAAUUUGCUAGUGGAGAAAAUAAAUGUCAGCAUGGCGAUUGUAUAUAUGGCGAGGAGAUUGCUGACUUUGGUUGCCGUAAAACUAACCAAAAAUGUGGCAUAAAUAUGAUAUUUGAAGAAAUUCGCAAAACUCUUCUUCUUGACCACUCAGAGCCAUUCUAUCAAUGCAAACAACGAUGUAUUUGUGCCAAAAAUUAUUUUGCUGUGAAUAGCCGAAAAUGCAUCAAAGAGGAAUUUCUUAAAUAUCAAAAAACAACUAAGGAAUAUAAUUCGAGUACCAAUUAUUCAACAGCAAUUCAUUCAAUUUCUACGCAAAGCGAUAAAAUUCUCAACGAAACCUUACACGGCCAAUCCUUCCUCUGUUCGAAACUCCUUGGACAACGAUGCGGUAUUAAUAUGAUAUUCAAAGAGAUUCAAUUAAGUUCAUUUUCUGAGAGAUUUGCUACGAACGGUGAAAUUUGUUGGCUGAGAUGUGAAUGUGAAAAUGAAAGUUAUAUUAGAAAAAAAGACAAAUGUAUUGAGAUUCAGCAACAAACUACUGCAACAAAUGAUCCGACGACCAUUGGAAUUGAAAAAUAUUUGGGUCGUUCUCAUUCUAUUGGCGGUGGAAGAAGUUACAAGGUUGGUGAUAAAAUGUUCGAUUAUGGUUGCCGAAAAACUUUUGCAAAAUGUGGAACUAAUAUGAUAUUCAAAACUGUUUCAAAAAUACUUUUUUCUGAAUUCACAUUUUCUUUUUAUCGAUGUUAUCAAAGAUGCUCGUGUAUCAACGGUAAAUAUUUUGAGAGUGACGGGCAAUGCAUGGAAAGGGAAAAUCUUUUUAUUGAUGGUUCUCGUGGUAAAACUCAGACAACUAUUUCGAGCCAUAUUAUCAAUUCAGCAAAAAAUAACGUGAAACCUGUAAGCAAUAAGAUUGCUAAUGGUGCCAGUUCCUACGAUAAAUCCGUAUGUUUGAUGAUGCAAGGACGAAAGUGUGGUAUUCAUAUGAUAUUCAGAGAAAUUCAGCCAAGUAGCUCAUCGGAAAGUUUUAGCUCAAAUGAUAAAAUUUGUUGGCUAAGAUGUCAGUGCGAAAAUGAAAGUUAUAUUAGAGAAGGUGAAAAAUGCGUUGAAAUUCAGCAACGAAUUGCGAUAGCAAAUAAAUCAACGACCGUUGGAGAAACUACGAUUCGUUAUCAUUUGAUUAGUGAUGCAACGAAUUAUAAAAUUGGCGACAAAAUUACCGAUUAUGGUUGUCAAAAAACCAACAAGAAAUGUGGAACUAAUCUGGUAUUCAAGACCGCUUCAAAAAUAUUUCUUAAUGAAUACGCACUUCCUUUUUAUAAAUGUAUUCAAAGAUGUUCGUGUAUUAACAGUAAAUUUAUAGCAAAUGACGGGGAGUGUAGUGAUUCACUUAGUAAAACAGAAAUUAAUUAA